GCUAAUUUUAAAGCCAGAACGGGAAGGAAGCAUGACUGCAAAGUUUCCUCCAAACACUGGAGAGGGAGAGAGAAAACACAAAGGAGCAAAACGCUCGUCUUGGAAAAAGACAAAAAAGCUUAAGAGUCGGUCGGUGUGGAAUCUAACACCAGCUUAUGGUGGAAUUAUGGCACGCAAUGAAACACAUCCCUUUCUGGAAAUACUAAAAUCAUUUAAUGUUGGCGAUAUGAUCCUAGCCUUCUGUUUGUCUGUGCUGGUGGGCCUGCUGCUCGGCGCUCUGGUCUACGUCCUGUUGACCUGGGCGUCCCGGCGCCAGGCCACCGCCAGGAUCACCGGGCGCUCCAAGAAGAGGCCCGGCACUUCCCAAACAGCCCCCGGCAACCAGCUGGGCCUCUACAGAAGCACCUUCCUGAGCGUCUACAGGCAGCCCUCUCUGGAGCCCGUGGGCCCUCUGGGGAGUAAGCCCGGCGUGGAGAGCUCCACCUUCCGCCCGGUGCCCAAGAGGAGCAGGGCUGGCCUGGAGAUGGCAGAGGACACUCUGAUCGACGUGCCCGAGGACCCGGCGGCUUCACUCUCGUCGGAUUCGGCGGCUCUUGUACCGAACAAGAGACACUCCUUCUGGUUGGGCGGCAACGGGCUUAAAGGCUUCCUGCCCUCGCAGACCCCCCCUCCUGCAUACGACAGUGUCAUCCAUGCUUUUGAAGAGACCUGCACUUGAACCUCUCGUCAUAAAACAAGACACACGGAGAACAUCCUGCGGAUUACACGGGACCUUCUGACCUUUAUCAGACCAUCUCAUCACUGAAUGAGAUGCUUCACACAUCAAGUCCCACCGCAGUGUGGAGAUAUAUAGAUGAGGGGGGCAACUGAUGUUAGUUCCUCGAUUAAUCAAUUAGUUGUGUUCUCUCAUUGAGAGCCCAGAGUAACUUCUCCAAAUGUCUUGUUUAGUAGCAAAAAUUCCACAACAAAAAGUAUUUAAUUUACAAUGAUAUAAAAUAACGCAAGUAGCAAAUGGAGAAGAUGUAAAAAAUGACUCAGGUGAUUAAUCAAUUAAUAGACUAAUCAUUGAAGAACAUGACUAUAUGCAUGAGUCACGUUUGAGGGGAACACUGUGUGCUAUAGAGAUGGUUAUAUAUUAUCUAAUAUCACAAUAAAGAUGUAAUAUGGAUUUGA